AUGUCACCAGUAGCUAACUGCAUUCUAAAUAGAGCUGGUUUGAAACCUACUGGUGGCGGAAGAAGUGGGUGUGAUCACGGCGGCAAGGCCCAGGUCUACGUCCGCGGCGGAACAAGUCAAGGCCGCAUAGGAAUAAUCUACAGCUACUAUGUUCCAAAGGUGCGCUGGGCGAAGGGAAACGGCAACGGCCACCGCCACUACUGGGCUAGCGUCGUCGUCUGGGUUAACCAAUGGGGGUGUGACACCGACGAUAUCUCGGCUCUCUGGCCUGUCGGUAUAUCCUAUACAUCCGACCACCUCACUUGGGCAACGGCACCUGCUGGCGAGAUAUCCUUCAAGCCUUCAGGUGUGGGCGUCGACAUGGCCACAAAUCCUAGAAUGAAGAUUCACGAUAAAGCCAUCUCCCCCUUCACUGGAGCUGACGGCGACCUCGUCUACCAGCCUACUCUCAUCAGCUGGGAUUCUCUCCCGGAGCCAGCGCAAAAGGCACUAACCGACGUUAAGUACGACAAGACCCAGGCGCCCUUCAACGAUGCAAACUUCCAGAGCCAGUUGGACGCUGCGUACCGGGAAGGCUUUUUCGCUGGCUUGCCGACGGAUGCUGAUUGCAUCUCAGAGCAGCCGGAUGAGAUUGAUAUUCCGGAUGACCCAGUAACUGUUACCGGUGCAGUCAGCCCCAGCUCUACAGAAAUGGAAUAA